CUACUCCCUCCUGCUACAGGCAGAACAAGAUGUAAAUCUUGUUAUAACUCUGUGAUAGGUGCUUGGUUGCUCGGCAGUUGUGUUUUGUACAUUCCAGCAGGCUUGUGGAGACUGUGCUGCAGCCCACAAACCUACCAGAAGACAGGUUUGCUGCAUCUGCUUUGGCAUGAAGUAACUGGACUCUAUUAAGUGGCUUCCCAAGUCUCCUAAACUGUACAGUGGCCAUAACUGGAGCUCUCAGGGCUCUCGCUGGGCCUCGUUGAAAGGAAAGGAAAGUUUUCAUGGUGGUAACCUGUACAAAUUCAGCUCUGCUAAUGGAAAAUGGAGGGAAGGAAGGAGCAGUCCUGAGCAAGAAGCAGAAGAACUCGAGGAUCCUGAUGAUGAACCUAUUUCCAAGUUUUCCGGCAGUCUUUUCGAUAGCAGUGGUGGCAUGAGAGAUCAAAGAAAUACCAGAACAACUCUUCAAGAAAAGCACAAGUUGGCAAUGAAAGGGAAGAAUCCUCCAGGGACUAACACUAAGGUGCAGCCAGCUGUCUCCUCGGCAGGCAGCUUCCCCAGUGAGAGCAGCCGGAUCCCAGAGGAAUUGAGGGUGAUGGAUGUGCCACAGACCCCGCUGAAGGUAACCAUUACUGUGUGCAGCCAAAUGGGGAGCCUUGGUAUUAGCAUUGCUGGUGGAAAGGGCUCACCCUCGUGUAAAGACAGUGAUGAGGGAAUCUUGAUUGCACGGCUGCCGAAAGACAGCCCAUCAGACUUGGCUGGAGUACAAGCAGGAGACAGAGUGGCUGAGGCUACCUUCAUUUCAGAACCUGCUGUCCUUGAUGCUGGUCCUACUGAAGCUUCACCCAAGGGCAGCCACUUCCCAACAGUAAAUCACAUCAUAACAAUACCUCGGAUAAUCCUCACGCGCCCUUCCACUUCUGAUGAAGAUACCGACCAGUUGCCCCCAGACCCUGAUGACUUUGAGCCUGAGGAGCCUGGCAGCGCAGGAGGCCAUGCCUAUUCAGACUGUCUGAGCAGCGCUUUUUAUCCUUCCUAAUAAAGUACUUCUCUGGAAAGAGUUAAUGGGUGAUUUUCUCUCCCAUCGUUUGAUUACAUUUAGUGUAGUACUUGAACCACUCUGCCUUAUUUAUAGCAAAAACCAUUAAAUGGAGGACGGAUUUGAGCUGGGGGAGCAGAACCCUGUUUGUAUUUCUUUGCCUUGAACUUUCCUUUGGCCAGCACUUGAAACAAAAUGCACUGGGUAAAGUUAUGUGAAUGUCACCAUGUGUUUCAGUAUCCACUUGUAAGAGUGUCCUACAGCACCUAAAUGCAAAGGUGAAAAAAGCAGGUGAUUUUUAUUCAGAAGGUACUUUACCCAUUUGGAAACACAGUGAAAACAAUUGUGUAGUUUGUUGUUUUUUUUUAAAAUCUUGUGUCCAUGUUUUGUCUGUACAGCUCAUCCUUUUAUCUGCCCCCAUGUUCUUUUGAAUUGUCCCUUUUAAUGUUGUUUUCUAUGAGAAUUAAAAAAAAAAAUCUGUCUUUAAUAGUACUGGGGUUUUUUACCCACAGAGAAAUGUUAUUUGUGUUGGAAUUCUGUAUCUCAUUCUAGUGUAAUAAAGAAUAGUUUCUCCAGGUAUAUCAGUAAUGUGAAUAUAUAUCAGAUUUGAACAAGACCUGUAAGUUGCAUUUUAUUAGAUCCAAAUGCAGGAGACACCUUAUGCAACUAUGUACCUGAGAGUGAACUGAGAAGCAAUUUCUUAUGCUUGAGGAACUGUCUGAGACUCUUUUAUUUCUCCUCCUGAUUUGCAU